AUGGCACUGCUUGUGGGGCAAGCAAAAACCAGCCGCAAUGCUUCGGCAACAAUGGCUUUUCAGAAGUACCGUCAGGAGGCCUCUCAAAAAGAUGAAGAGGUGGACUCAAGGGCAAGUUAUGUGAAGAUUGCUAUUGAACGGUUGGAUUCAAGGUUUCGUGCGAAGUUGCACCUUGAGGUCGCCAAGAGUUUUGGUGUGUUCGGUCCAGCGAGGGACAGCAGACCUGAGGCAAUCAAUGAUGGAGUGGAGAUGGGAAAGGCCUUUGUUUCGGAAGGAGCUGCAGGAACGCGAAGGGUAGCGGCUUCUCUAACCAGCCGGAAAUGGUCUCUGAAGGAGAUUGAGAAUGCAAACGAGAGCAUGCUGGAGGGAUUCAUCCUCAGCAGUCAGGGGUCUGCAGCUGAAUCCAAGAAACGGCUGAUUCCUAGAGGAGAAGGAUGGGUGCGUCAUGAUGAUGUUACCCUUGUCAACCCUCAGAGUCAGGUGCUUUUCAUGCAGGAAGGUCCACGUGCUGGAAGCUACAUGAAGCAAGAUCCGAGUACAAAGAAGCUUGUUGAUGUAAGCGAGCCUCAUGACAUGGAGGACGAUUAUAAAAGAACCUCGGCCCUCGGACUUGGUGCUGGAUUUCUGGUGCCUCAGGAAUCUAAGACCUCCAUUCGGGGUGCCACUGCGUCAUGGAUACGAAGAGGGUCCAAAAUGGAUCGCGCAGUCCUUCUGAAUGACAUCACAAAGAUCGCUCGAUUGGCAUUGAAGUUUCCCCUCAGCUUUGUGGACUUGCCAGCCUGUGCUUACGCUCUCUUCCACGGGUUGCGAAGCGCAGAAUCUGCGCAAUGGUGCGCAGAGAACUUUCACAAAAAACUCCUGCCGUCUUUGGCAGAACGGAUCCACACGUAUGACACAGCCCAGCUGAGAAGACUCCUUGAACGAACACUAGAGGCUUUGGAUGCUGAGAUCCUCAAAAGUGCUCAUGCAUUCAGUGGCUGUUCAGCAAUUCUUGUGCUGGUGCUUGGUGAGAGGAUCGUGUUGGCUGGAGUAGGUGAUGUGCGUGCAGUUCUACUGCCCGAGAAGGGUGCGCUGCAAGAGGUGCUUGCAUGUACAGGUUCAUUGGAUGCUGCUGAGCUUGAGCGUGUCAGUGAGGCCCAUGGCAUUUUCCGGGAUGGGCUUGUGUAUAGCAGCAUUGAGGGCGUGGACGAGGCAGCCCGCAUUCUGGCGGCGCGAUCUUCUUUCGAGGUUCUUCAAGUUGAGCAAGGAAGUUCACUGGACCUGAAGCAGGUCCGGAGUGCCUAUCGGAAGCUUGCACUGCGCACAAGCCUCAAGCACCAUCCACAAAGUUGCCGUAGCAGUGGGCAAUUCCAUCAUGCACUGCGCCCUCCUGAUGACAGGUUCUGUUGCUACUUUAUUGUUCCGCAUCUAUUUUGCCAAAACAAGCACAUAGAUUAUAGAUUCUGCAUUUCAUGA